GCGUUUCACUUAUGUCUUGUAUAAAUAAAGUAGGAGUAGGAACCAUUUGCCAUUUCGUAGAUAAACUCCAACAGUGACUGACUGACCUUAUUAUGGCUUCUGCACUGAAGAUCUCAAGGCUCCUCUCUCGAUCAUCAUUUUCUUCAAUUUCUCGAGGUGGGAAUGGUUACCUGGGUGCAACACUCUCUAAGUACAGUACUGCGUCUGCCGUUGAAGAACCCAUUAAACCAGGAGUGGAAGUAGAACACACCCAGCUCUUAAUUGAUGGGAAUUUCGUUGAUGCUGCUUCUGGUAAAACUUUUCCAACGUUGGAUCCCAGGACAGGGGAGGUGAUUGCUCAUGUUGCUGAGGGUAACUCUGAAGAUGUUAAUCGAGCAGUUGCAGCUGCGCGCAAAGCAUUUGAUGAAGGGCCGUGGCCUAAAAUGACAGCCUAUGAAAGGCAAAGGAUAAUGUUGCGUGCUGCUGAUCUGAUUGAAAAGCAUAAUGAUGACAUUGCAGCACUUGAGACUUGGGAUAAUGGGAAGACAUAUGAACAAUCUGCUCAGAUUGAAAUUCCGAUGCUGGUUCGCCUAUUUCGUUAUUAUGCUGGUUGGGCAGAUAAGAUUCAUGGUCUCACAAUCCCAGCUGAUGGGCCUCAUCAUGUGCAAACAUUGCACGAACCCAUUGGUGUUGCCGGUCAGAUCAUUCCUUGGAACUUCCCUCUUCUCAUGUUUGCUUGGAAGGUGGGACCAGCAUUGGCCUGUGGCAACACUAUUGUUCUGAAAACAGCUGAGCAGACACCAUUAUCUGCUUUGUAUGUAGCAAAACUACUUCAUGAGGCUGGACUUCCUUCUGGUGUUUUGAAUGUAGUAUCUGGCUUUGGUCCUACUGCCGGUGCUGCUCUUGCUAGUCACAUGGAUGUGGAUAAGCUCGCUUUUACUGGUUCAACUGACACUGGAAAAGCCGUCCUUGAAUUGGCAGCAAGAAGCAAUCUUAAACCUGUAACCUUGGAGCUUGGUGGGAAAUCCCCCUUUAUUGUAUGUGAAGAUGCUGAUAUAGAUCAGGCUGUUGAGCUAGCACACUUUGCCUUAUUCUUUAAUCAGGGACAAUGUUGCUGUGCCGGGUCUCGAACAUUUGUUCAUGAGCGCAUAUAUGAUGAGUUCGUACAUAAAGCAAAGGCUCGUGCAGCGAAACGUGCUGUUGGCGAUCCAUUCAAGGGGGGAAUAGAGCAAGGUCCUCAGAUUGAUUCAGACCAAUUUGAGAAAAUACUGAAGUAUAUUAGAUCCGGUGUUCAAAAUGGGGCUACCCUUGAAACUGGGGGAGAUAGACUUGGUGACAAAGGCUUCUAUAUUCAGCCUACUGUCUUCUCAAAUGUCCAGGAUGACAUGGUGAUUGCAAAGGAAGAGAUCUUUGGUCCAGUGCAAACCAUAUUAAAGUUCAAGGACCUUCGUGAGGUAAUUCAAAGAGCAAAUAACACACGUUAUGGCCUUGCAGCUGGGAUCUUCACAAAAGACAUAGACACUGCAAAUACAUUGACUCGAGCAUUGAAGGUUGGAACAGUGUGGGUAAAUUGCUUUGAUACAUUUGAUGCUGCAAUUCCCUUUGGUGGAUACAAGAUGAGUGGACAGGGUAGAGAAAAAGGAGAGUACAGUCUUAAGAACUACUUGCAAGUGAAGGCUGUUGUUACGCCCUUGAAGAACCCAGCAUGGCUUUGAGCAUUAGUAGUAAAAGGGCUGGUGAUAAUGAUGACAAUUUUUAAAAUUAAUAACAUCUUUGUUUAUUUGUCACCUACAUAUUUGUCAUUUUGUACCAAAAAACCUACAUAUUUGUCAUUGUUGAUUUUUGUAUUUCGGAUGCUUGAAUAAUUGAUGUAGGGUGUUUUUAAA